AUGUCAGCGGACGACCAGCAGUUCCUGGACGUCCUGUCCUCGCUGCCCAACCAGAUCCGCCGGUACUCAGACGACAUCGCGAACCUCGUCAACCCGCACGUAGAUAAGGCAGCGCAAGCGCUGCGGGAGACCCUUGCGUCCACAGAAUGGCUGCCCGACUCGGUGCGGCCAAAGCCUCCAGUCCGCCAUGUCCCCAUCGAGGUGAUAGCCAUGGGCCGCUUCGAGAGGGUCCACGGCUGGGUGAAGGAGAACAAGAUCCUGACCGGUGUCAUCGUCGCCGUCGUUGGAGUCGUCGCCUACCGAUCCUACCGGAGCAGCAGGUUUUGCAAGAAGACUCGCCGCGCGAAACGGGCUAGGAACGGCGGACGCCUCGAGGUUGUCGUUAUUGCUGGAUCGCCCGCUCUGCCUUUGACGAGGUCACUGUCUCUGGACUUUGAAAGGAGGGGAUUUAUCGUUUACAUCGUCUGUAACGCCCAAGAAGACGAGAGCAUGGUGCACAGUUUGGCCAGACCGGAUAUCCUGCCUCUGAACAUUGACACUACGGACCCCCCCAGAGCUGGCGCGGCCAUCGACAGUUUCGCCCAGUACCUCCAGUCACCCCACGCCCCGGCACCUCGUACAAGACCAAACCAUCUGCAGCUGAAAUCCGUCAUUCUCAUCCCCUCGCUCAACUACCAGACGUCACCCAUCGCUACCAUCCCGCCUUCCAGCUUUGCAGACCUCUUCAACACCCACCUUCUCCACCCCAUCCUUACCAUUCAGGCAUUCCUGCCGCUCUUGACCACCCGUUUGAGCCCGCCCGGAGAAAAGUGGACACCGCCAAAGGUGCUCGUCUUCACGCCGUCCAUCAUCUCCUCCAUCAACCCCCCCUUCCACGCUCCCGAGGCUACCGUCUCGUCCGCCCUGUCGGCCUUCACCGAAGUCUUGACGGCAGAAUUGCGACCUCUGGGCAUCCCAGUGACCCACAUGCAGCUGGGUACGUUUGACUUCACCGGCUUCCAGCCUGCGAAAAACAGCCACCCUUCGCAAAGAGGCCUCCUCGAAGGCGGUCCCGGCAUUGAUGCCGACGCCACCGAGACUCUCAUGUGGCCCGAAAACGCCCGUCACGCCUACGGACGCAACUUUGUCAUGCAGAGCACUUCGGCCAUCUCGGCUGGCCGCAUCCGUGGUCUAAAGGGAAGCUCCCUUCGUCAUCUUCACAGCGCUGUCUUUGACGUCAUUGACGGCUCCAUCACCAGUGGCACCGUCCGUGUCGGCCUCGGCGCCAGCGUGUACGGUUUCGUUGGCCGAUGGGUGCCGCGCGGUCUAGUCUCAUGGAUGAUGGGCAUUCGUCGCGUUGACGAGUUGUCGGCAUGGCAGACCAGUUCCUACGACGGCUCGCUCGACGGCAGUGAGAGCGGGGAUGGCCAGGACUUCAUUGCGGUGCCAGACGAGAAGCUGGACAGAAACGUGUGGAAGUCAUCUUAG